CCAGGCAUAUAGCGAGGCUCACUAACCAUCGAUGGACUGCAGCUGUCGCCGACUGGUACCCACGGGAACUGAAACGAUCACUCGGUCGACCUCCAAAGGGAUGGGAAGAUUUUAUUGUGAAAAGACAUGGGCGCAAUGGAGAAGGAAGGCCAGGAUAUGAGAAAAAUGGAAGAUGUGUUGUGAUUGGCGCAAUCUUACGAGGGCUGAAGGACCGAUCAAUCAACGUUAAUGAUGCCAGAGGCAGCACACGUCUCCCCCACCCCAAACCUAUGAUUGACCCAAUCAGCUGCCACUGUUCCUUCUUACUGUGGACCCUGCUACCAUAACCCACACCACUGUUACCUGCAAUGCACUCUACUUGGGGUUACUCCUGAAAAUCAUCUGGAACAUUUUCUUCAUGGAGGCUGGAUAUCUUUUCAGAAGCUGAACCUGGAGCAUGAAAGCAAUCAUAAGAGAAAAUCUGAGUCCAAAUGAAUGUUUAUAAGUGCCUCAUUAAGAAUGGGUUCAGUAUGAGUGGCAUCAAUGCCAGCUUUCUCCUCACUGCCUCAUGAGUGUGCUGAAAACCAAACUAGCGUUUCUAGAAGUGUAAAUGUUUUUCAGCCUCCAUGCUAUUCAUUCCUUGGAAGGACUCUCUUCUGAAAGUGCCAACAAGCUGAUCGGGAGUCGGUCGGCUGGGACCUGCGGAUUUAGGCGGCUGGGGAGGAAGGAGAAGCCGCUCGCAGCGCUCCGAGCCCAGGCGAGCCGGAGAAGGGAGGCGGCGCGAUGUGGCUGGGGAGGCUGCUGAAGUUCGCCCUGGGAUUUACAGUGAUUUUAUCUUCCUAUACGAGCGAAGGUGCCGAAGGGAAUUUGGAGGCUGAUAACGCGAAGGAAACCAGAGCCAGCAGAGCCAAGAGGAGAGGACAAGGCGGAGGCGGAGGAGGGCACGAUGCGCUCAAAGGACCCAAUGUGUGUGGAUCACGUUACAAUGCCUACUGUUGCCCUGGAUGGAAAACGCUACCUGGUGGAAAUCAAUGCAUAGUCCCAAUUUGCAGACAUUCCUGUGGGGAUGGAUUUUGUUCAAGACCAAACAUGUGCACAUGCCCAAAUGGCCAGAUAGCACCUUCCUGUGGUUCAAAGUCAAUACAACACUGUAACAUCAGGUGUAUGAAUGGAGGUAGCUGCAGUGAUGACCAUUGUCUCUGCCAGAAAGGAUACACAGGAACACAUUGUGGACAGCCUGUCUGUGAAAAUGGGUGCCUUAAUGGAGGGAGAUGUGUGGCUCCAAACCGAUGUGCUUGUACAUAUGGCUUCACUGGACCUCAGUGUGAAAGAGAUUAUAGGACUGGCCCGUGCUUCACACUGGUAACCAAUCAGAUGUGCCAGGGACAGCUCACUGGAAUAGUCUGCACAAAAACCCUUUGCUGUGCAACAGUUGGGAGAGCUUGGGGCCACCCCUGUGAAAUGUGUCCAGCUCAGCCUCAUCCCUGCCGCCGGGGUUUCAUUCCAAAUAUUCGCACAGGAGCCUGUCAAGAUGUGGAUGAAUGCCAAGCCAUCCCUGGGAUCUGUCAAGGGGGAAAUUGUAUUAAUACUGUUGGAUCUUUUGAGUGCAAAUGCCCAGCUGGACACAAGUUUAAUGAAGUGACACAAAAAUGCGAAGAUAUUGAUGAAUGCAGCACCAUUCCUGGAAUCUGUGAUGGAGGAGAGUGUUCUAACACUGUUAGCAGUUACUUUUGCAAAUGUCCACCUGGUUUUUAUACAGCUCCUGAUGGCACAAGAUGUAUAGAUGUACGUCCUGGAUACUGUUUCUCUUCUCUGACCAAUGGCCGUUGCGGCAAUCAGCUCCCACAGGUUUUAACUAAAAUGCAAUGCUGCUGUGACACCGGACGAUGCUGGUCUCCUGGGGCAACGAGUGCCCCUGAAAUGUGCCCAAUCCGAGCUACUGAGGAAUAUCGCAAAUUAUGUGUAGUUGCUGACCUAACGCCUGGGAGACCUCUUCCUCCAGUCCAUCCUCCAAUCCUUGUUCCUGAUGGAUAUCCUCAUGAUAGAUAUCCUCCUCUGAUUCCUGGCAUACCAUCUCGGCCAGACAUUGUUUUUCCACCACUUCCAUCCCGCGGUCCUGUGGUCUUGCCAGUUAAUUUCACUGACUAUUGCCAGCUAUUCAGACAUCUCUGUCUUAAUGGGCGUUGUAUUCCAACUCCUGGGAGCUACCGCUGCGAGUGCAACAAAGGAUUCCAGCUGGAUGUCAGAGGGGAAUGCAUUGAUGUUGAUGAGUGUGAGAAGAAUCCUUGUAUUAGUGGAGACUGUAUAAAUAACCAAGGAUCCUACAUAUGCCAGUGUCGUGCUGGAUUUCAGAGCACACUAACUAGGACAGAGUGUCGAGAUAUUGAUGAAUGUUUACAGAAUGGCCGGAUCUGUAAUAAUGGACGGUGCAUAAACACAGAUGGCAGUUUUCACUGUGUUUGCAAUGCUGGCUUUCAUGUGGCACUCGAUGGAAAAAACUGUGAAGAUAUGGAUGAAUGUAGCAUAAGGAACAUGUGCCUUAAUGGGAUGUGUAUCAAUGAAGACGGAAGUUUUAAGUGCAUUUGUAAACCUGGUUUCCAGUUAUCAUCUGAUGGACGUUAUUGCAAUGACAUCGAUGAGUGUGAGACAGCUGGAAUAUGCAUGAACGGGCGCUGUGUGAACACUGAUGGCUCUUUCAGAUGUGACUGCUUUCCAGGUCUUGUAGUGGGACUAGAUGGACGUGUGUGCGUUGAUACACAUAUGCGAAGCACAUGCUAUGGUGAAUACAAGAGAGGUCAAUGUGUUAAACCAUUAUUUGGCGCUGUUACUAAAUCGGAAUGUUGUUGUGCCAGCACUGACUAUGCCUUUGGAGAACCAUGUCAGCCAUGUCCCGCUCAAAAUUCAGCUGAGUACCAGGCUCUAUGCAGCAGUGGACCAGGCCUGGAUUUAGAAGGAAGAGAUAUUAACGAAUGUGCACUGAAUCAUGAUAUCUGCCCAAAUGGAAUCUGUGAGAAUCUGCGGGGAACAUAUAAAUGCAUAUGUAAUUCUGGGUAUGAAGUGGAUGCAAGCGGGAAAAACUGCAUUGACAUUGAUGAAUGUGCAUUGAACAGGCUGCUGUGUGACAAUGGACAAUGCAGAAAUACCCCUGGAAGCUUCACCUGCACCUGUCCCAAAGGAUUUAUAUAUAAGCCAGAUCUAAAAACAUGUGAAGAUAUUAAUGAGUGUGAGUCUAAUCCCUGUGUUAAUGGAAUAUGCAAAAAUACACUUGGCUCUUUUGCUUGUGAAUGUAGCCCUGAAAGUACUUUGGAUACAACAAGAACCAUCUGCAUAGAAACUAUUAAAGGCACCUGUUGGCAGACUAUUGUGAAUGGAAGAUGUGAAAUAAAUAUUAAUGGGGCAACUCUCAAGUCCCAGUGCUGUUCCUCGCUAGGUGCUGCAUGGGGUAGCCCAUGUACACCCUGUGAACGAGACCCGAUCUGUUCAAAAGGAUAUUCAAGAAUAAGGGGAACAAUAUGUGAAGAUGUAAAUGAAUGCGAAGUGUUUCCCGGGGUUUGUCCGAAUGGUCAGUGCGUCAAUACCUUGGGUUCCUUUGUUUGCCAGUGUGCCAGUGGAAUGAUUUUAGAUGCCUCUGGACGGACAUGUCUUGACAUUCGCUUGGAGACUUGCUACUUGAAGCAUGAAGAUGAAGAAUGUACAUUGCCGAUAGCAGGCCGGCACCGAAUGGAUAGUUGCUGCUGUUCUGUUGGUGCAGCAUGGGGCCCUGAAUGCGAGGAAUGUCCUGUGAAGGCAACUCCUGAAUUUGAAACUCUUUGUCCAAGAGGACCUGGAUUUGCUAGUAGAGGAGAGAUUAUAAAUGGAAAGCCAUUCUUUAAAGAUAUCAAUGAAUGCAAAAUGAUCCCAAGUCUUUGUACCCAUGGAAAAUGCAGAAACACCAUUGGCAGUUUUAAGUGUAAAUGUGACAGCGGAUUUGCACUUGAUUCUGAAGAAAGAAAUUGUACAGAUAUUGAUGAAUGCCGCAUAUCUCCUGAUCUCUGUGGCCAAGGCAUCUGUGUCAAUACACCAGGGGACUUCGAAUGUGAAUGUUUUGAAGGCUAUGAAAGUGGAUUUAUGAUGAUGAAAAACUGCAUGGACAUUGAUGAGUGUCAGCGAAAUCCUCUUUUGUGCCGAGGUGGUGUUUGCAUAAACACAGAAGGAAGCUUUCAGUGUGACUGUCCUCCAGGUCAUCAACUGGCUCCAAAUAUCUCCGCAUGUAUAGACAUCAAUGAGUGUGACCUAAGCCACAACCUGUGCAGAAAUGGACAUUGUGUCAACCUGAUUGGAAGGUAUCAGUGUGCCUGCAACCCUGGAUAUCAGUCCACUCCCGACAAAUUAUUUUGUAUUGAUAUUGAUGAAUGCAACAUAAUGAAUGGCGGCUGUGACACCUUCUGUACAAACUCAGAGGGCAGCUAUGAAUGUAGCUGUAAACCAGGCUUUGCACUAAUGCCAGACCACAGAUCUUGCACUGAUAUUGAUGAGUGUGAAGACAAUCCUAAUAUCUGUGAUGGAGGCCAGUGCACUAACAUACCAGGAGAAUACAGGUGUCUUUGUUACGAUGGAUUCAUGGCAUCUGAGGAUAUGAAGACUUGUAUAGAUGUCAACGAGUGUGACCUAAAUCCAAACAUCUGUCUAAGUGGAAGCUGUGAGAAUACAAAAGGCUCAUUUAUCUGUCAUUGUGAUAUGGGAUAUUCAGGCAAAAAAGGAACCACUGGUUGUACAGAUAUCAAUGAGUGUGAAAUCGGAGCCCAUAACUGUGACAGGCAUGCCACAUGUACAAAUACGGCAGGGAGUUUCAAAUGUGAGUGCAGCUCAGGUUGGAUUGGAGAUGGCAUCAAAUGCACAGAUCUGGACGAAUGCUCCAAUGGAACACACAUGUGCAGCCCACAUGCCAAUUGCAAGAACACAAUGGGUUCUUACCGUUGCCUUUGCAAGGAUGGCUACACUGGGGAUGGCUUCACUUGUACAGAUCUUGAUGAAUGCUCAGAAAACCUGAAUCUCUGUGAGAAUGGGCAAUGUCUCAAUGCCCCUGGAGGGUAUCGCUGUGAAUGUGAUAUGGGAUUUUUACCAAGUCCAGAUGGGAAAGCAUGUGAAGAUAUUGAUGAGUGCUCCCUUCCUAACAUCUGUGUCUAUGGGACUUGUCAUAACCUCCCUGGUCUAUUCCGAUGCGAGUGCGAGACAGGCUAUGAACUGGACAGAACCGGUGGUAACUGCACAGAUGUUAACGAAUGUGCAGACCCCACCACCUGUAUCAGCGGCAAGUGUAUCAAUACCCCUGGCAGUUACACCUGUGAGUGUCCUCCUGAUUUUGAGCUGAACCCCACCCGUGUUGGCUGUGUUGACACACGUUCUGGCAACUGCUACUUGGAUAUUAAACCACGAGGAGACAACGGAGAUAUAGUCUGCAGCAAUGAGAUUGGGGUUGGUGUUUCCAAGGCCUCUUGCUGUUGCUCCCUGGGGAGAGCUUGGGGGGUUCCCUGUGAACAUUGCCCACUUGUGAACUCAACUGAAUAUAAGGUUCUGUGCCCUGGAGGGGAAGGAUUCCGACCAAACCCUAUUACAGUUAUAUUGGAGGAUAUUGAUGAGUGUCAAGAACUACCUGGACUUUGCCAAGGAGGAAAAUGUAUUAAUACAUUUGGUAGUUUCCACUGUCAGUGUCCAAAUGGCUACUAUUUGAAUGAAGAGUCUCGAGUAUGUGAUGAUGUUAAUGAAUGUGAAACACCUGGCAUUUGUGGGCCUGGCACUUGUUAUAACACUGUUGGGAACUACACCUGUAUCUGUCCUCCCGACUACAUGCAAGUCAAUGGUGGCAACAACUGUAUGGAUAUGAGGAGGAGUCUGUGCUACAGAAAUUAUUAUGCUGACAAUCAAACCUGUGAUGGAGAACUGCUCUUCAAUAUGACCAAGAAAAUGUGCUGCUGUUCCUACAAUAUUGGACGUGCAUGGAAUAAGCCUUGUGAACAAUGCCCUAUCCCUAGCACCGAUGAAUUUGCAACACUCUGUGGAAGUCAAAGGCCUGGUUUCUUCAUUGACAUUUAUACAGGUUUACCAGUUGAUAUUGAUGAAUGCCGAGAGAUCCCUGGAGUCUGUGAGAAUGGAGUCUGUAUAAACAUGGUUGGCAGCUUCAGAUGCGAGUGUCCAGUGGGAUUCUUUUACAAUGACAAGUUGCUGAUCUGCGAAGAUAUGGAUGAAUGCCAGAAUGGACCAGUGUGUCAACGAAAUGCAGAAUGUGUCAACACGGCUGGCAGCUAUCGCUGUGAGUGUAAACCUGGCUAUAGGUUCACGUCAACAGGCCAAUGCACUGAUCGCAACGAAUGUCUAGAAAUUCCCAAUAUCUGUAGCCAUGGCCAGUGUAUUGACACCAUUGGAGGAUUCUACUGCAUAUGUCACUCAGGAUUCAAAACCAAUGCUGACCAAACGAUGUGCAUAGAUAUUAAUGAGUGUGAAAAAGAUCCAUGUGGCAAUGGGACAUGUAGAAAUACCAUUGGCUCUUUCAACUGCCGCUGUGACAAUGGAUUCAUUCUCUCACACAAUAAUGACUGCAUAGAUGUGGACGAAUGUGCAAGUGGAAAUGGGAUGCUCUGCAGGAAUGGCCGCUGCAUAAACACAGUUGGGUCUUUCCAAUGUCUGUGCAAUGAUGGCUAUGAGGUGUCCCCCGAGGGCAGGACCUGUGUGGAUAUCAAUGAGUGUGCAGUGGUGCCUGGUAGAUGCUCACCUGGCACGUGCCAGAACCUGGAUGGGACGUAUAGAUGCAUCUGUCCUCCUGGAUACAUUCUGCAAAAUGACAGGUGUGAAGAUAUUGACGAGUGUGUAGAAGACCCAGAAAUCUGUGCCUUGGGUACAUGCAGCAAUACUCCAGGCAGCUUCACAUGCUUAUGUCCUGAAGGGUUUGUACUGUCUUCCACAGGAAGAAGAUGCCAAGAUCUGAGAGUGAGUUAUUGCUUUACCAAAUUUGAAGAAGGCAAAUGCACAGUUCCCAAAUCCAGAAACCAUUCCAAGCAAGAAUGUUGCUGCGCCUUGCAAGGAGAAGGAUGGGGUGACCCAUGUGAGCUCUGCCCACAGGAAGGAGAUGAGGCAUUUCGUCAAAUUUGUCCAUUUGGAAUUGGCAUCCUUAUUGGACCAGGGGAUAUACGGGUUGAUGUGGAUGAGUGCCUUGACCCAGAUAAUUGCAGAUUUGGGCAGUGUAUCAACACGGAUGGGUCCUUCCGCUGCGAAUGUCCUUUUGGUUAUAUCCUUCAGGGAGCUCAAUGUGUAGAUACUGAUGAAUGCUCUGUUGGAAAUCCAUGUGGAAAUGGAACUUGUAGGAAUGUUGUAGGUGGUUUUGAAUGUACCUGUGAUGAGGGAUUUGAGCCAGGACCAAUGAUGACGUGUGAAGAUGUAAAUGAGUGUGCUCAGAAUUCUCUACUGUGUGCCUUCCGAUGUGUGAACACCUACGGAUCAUAUGAAUGCAAGUGUCCUGCUGGCUACGUUCUUAGAGAAGACCGGAGAAUGUGCAAAGAUCAGGAUGAAUGUGAAGAAGGAAUUCAUGAUUGUGACUCAAAACAAAUGGAGUGUAAAAAUCUGAUUGGCACUUACAUGUGCAUAUGUGGACCAGGAUAUCAGCGCAGACAGGAUGGUGAGGGCUGUAUAGAUGAAAAUGAAUGUCAAACGAAACCUGGGAUCUGUGAAAAUGGACGUUGUAUCAAUACAAUAGGAAGCUACAGAUGUGAAUGCAAUGAAGGAUUCACUGCCAGUGACACCCAGAAUGAAUGCCUUGACCAGAGAGAGGGCUACUGCUUCACUGAAGUGUUACAAAGUCUGUGUCAGAUUGGAUCAAGCAAUAGGAACUCUGUCACUAAGUCUGAAUGCUGCUGUGAUGGCGGGCGUGGCUGGGGGCCAAACUGUGAGAUCUGCCCCUUCCCAGGCACCGUGGCCUUUAAAAAGCUUUGCCCCCAUGGCCGAGGAUACAUGACCAAUGGAGCAGAUAUUGAUGAGUGCAAGGUUAUUCACGAUGUCUGCCGGAAUGGAGAGUGCAUCAAUGAGCAUGGAUCAUAUCGCUGCAUAUGUAAACCUGGCUAUACUCCAGAUAUAACAGGCACCCUUUGCGUAGAUCUGAAUGAAUGUAACCAGUCUCCUAAGCCUUGCAAUUUCAUCUGCAAGAACACGGAAGGAAGUUACCAGUGUUCGUGUCCAAAAGGGUACAUCUUACAAGAGGACGGGAGAAGCUGUAAAGAUCUCGAUGAAUGUGCAACGAAACAGCAUAACUGCCAGUUCCUGUGUGUCAACACCAUAGGGGGCUUCACUUGUAAAUGUCCUCCUGGUUUCACUCAGCAUCAUACAGCGUGUAUUGAUAAUAAUGAAUGUGCCUCUGAAAUCAAUCUGUGUGGAGCGAGAGGUAUUUGCCAGAACACACCAGGAAGCUUCACGUGUGAAUGCCAGCGUGGCUUUUCCCUUGAUCAGACUGGAGUCAGCUGUGAAGAUGUUGAUGAAUGUGAUGGAAACCACCGGUGCCAGCAUGGUUGCCAGAAUAUAAUUGGAGGAUACAGGUGUAGCUGCCCACACGGAUAUCUCCAGCAUUACCAGUGGAACCAAUGUGUUGAUGAAAACGAAUGCCUCAGUGCACAUGUUUGUGGAGGAGCAUCUUGUCACAAUACUUUGGGAAGCUAUAAAUGUAUGUGCCCUACCGGAUUUCAGUAUGAACAAUUUAGUGGCGGUUGCCAAGAUGUCAAUGAAUGCAGUUCUGCACAAGCCCCAUGCAGUUAUGGUUGUUCAAAUACUGAUGGUGGCUAUGUCUGUGGAUGCCCACCUGGUUACUUCAGGAUAGGACAAGGACACUGUGUUUCUGGAGUGGGACUGGGUAAAGGUCAUGGUCAGGAAUUGCCCGUCAGCGGUGAAGUAGAUGACAACUCUCUCUCCCCCGAGGCUUGUUAUGAAUGUAAAAUCAACGGUUAUCCCAAGAGAGGAAGGAAGCGCAGAAGCACUAAUGAAACUAUUGCAAAUGAAUCAGAGGAUCAACCUGAGGUGGAACCAGAAGUAAGUCUUGCCAGUUGGGAUAGUGAAAAAACAGCCGUCUUUUCCUUCAACAUCUCUGGGCUUAAUAACAAAGAUCGCAUCCUGGAACUUCUUCCCGCUCUCUCAACACUGACAAAUCACAACCGAUAUUUAAUUGACUCUGGAAACGAAGAUGGUUUCUUUAGAAUCAAUCAGAAGGAAGGGAUAAGCUACCUUCAUUUCACAAAGAAGAAGCCAAUACCUGGAACCUACUCAUUACAAAUCAGUAGUAUUCCACUCUAUAAAAAGAAGGAACUUAAUCAGCUUGAAGACAAACAUGACAAAGACUACCUCAGUGGUGAGCUGGGAGAUAACCUGAAAAUGAAAAUUCAGAUUUUGCUUCAUUAAUUCAUCAACCAAAGACCAAAUAAUUAAAACCAAAGAUAGAUAGGUAGGACUGAAUGUUCCUCCCAAUCAGAUUCUCCAUAUCAUAGGUACAAUCUUUCAUGAGUACAUUUGUAUGAAUGAGCACUAUUAUAUUAUUACAUAAGCAAGGUACAGAAUGAAUACCCUAGAUCAAAACAACCACUUUCUCAGGCUUCUUAAAGUGUAGCUGAGCUACCUUGAUAUGUUGAAUCUUGAAAACUGGGACUUUUAUCAUUGGAGGUUGGCCACUGAUGCUGAGACACAUCAUUUCAGCAGAGGUACAAGAACGUGCUUUCAACUGAUGGACUUCUCUAUUUUUGUAAUUCUUAAACUUUGCUUCUCCAACUACAACUUACUAGGUCAGCCAUUUAUGAUAUCCAUUUGGUGCUAGUACAUUUUCAAUCUAGAUUUAUAAAUGCACUGUAAUAUUUACACAACUUAGAAGCCAAAAUUGCAAUUAUUCAGUCUACAUACUUCAAUCAACCAAAGUUAGCUCAGUAGUUUAUCUCAGUUAUGCCUAUAAUACAGUACAUGUAAAUUAAGUGUGUGUAUACUGUAAUCAUACUAUUUUUAUCAAUGAAGCAUUUGUAAACUAGAUUAAUAAUACCCUUAAUGUGAGGGUUUGUAAUGGUGCUUAUAAAGACCAACUACUCGUUAACUGUAUACACAAACCUGAUGAUGAAAUUUCUGUGACUUACCAAAAUGCACUGAGGUCAGUAGGGACCAUUAAACAUUCUCAGAAGUCAGAUGAUAAUCAGUGCCAUCCUACACCAUGACAUUAUGUAAUACAUGUCAAGAGUACCCAUAAUCAUUCAUAUCAACAAGGGUUCAAUGUCACAAUAAAACAGUGGGUUUUUUUAGUUUAUUCUGUGACUUUGUGUUCUUGCUAGUACUAGCUCUUCAGUACACUAAACUGAAUGUUUAUGCUUCAUGCAUUCCUGUAUAGUGUGGGAUAUAUUGCAUGUAUAGGUGAUUAGUUACUGAUUAUGUGCAUCUGUAGUUUAUUCAGUCUUCCUACGGAGGAAGACAGAAGAAAAAUACAGAAUUAGUCACAAUACUGAUUCAGCAAUGGAAUUCUUUAAAAUGUAGCUCCCAAAGGGCAAGUUAGAAUAUUUCCAAUGAGCUGACCUAAAUAAUCCUGUCAAUCAGUAACUAAUAGCCAAAACACGCAAAAUUUCAUUUCAAAAGUCUUGUCUCCUAAAGCCCCUUUGGCAUGCAAAAAGUAUUCCAUUCUUCCUCCUCCUCCCCUCCCCAUGACAUCUAUUGUCAAAUAAUCCAAGGCUGAUUACAAAGGAAUAAUCCAGUAUUGAAAUCAACUGCAAAUUAUAUGACAUGCAUAAUGUGAAGGUGCCAGUGUUUGUCUAUGAAAUGGUACAAGCUACCACUUUAGCAGGAAAAGAACAUUCUAUUGAUAUGUGACAAUGUAAUACCCCCCAAAAAAGAAAACAAUUUGUGGCACUGAAAAUACAGUGCAAAAACUUGUUUGGACAGCAUUGUAGUUGAUAGAUGGAAAUACACUGAGCCACAAUCAUUUGUGAAAGGGAAAUGUUCUGCAGUAAUUCACUCAGAGGGGUAUUAUUUUCUGUAAUCAGAUUUCAUCUCGGAUUUUUUUUUCUCCAUAACCAGCUUAAUAAUAUAAAAAGAAGUUGGCACACGGAGGGUCACCAUGAUGUUUUCAAUAGUCCAUGCCUGGUUUUAUUUACCAUAGUGCCACAGUUUUGAACAGCAUAUUUUCCACAUGUUGAUUAGCUAUAGCAAAACAUAUUCAGAGUUUUACAAUUGUAAAUACCAUUCCCAUUUCAAUAGGUAGUGAGGUGGGUUUUUUUAUGCCAGUGAAGGCAUGUACAUUGUAGUGUAUUUGGCUUUUUUCUUUCCUGUACAUAAAAACUGAGGGGAACUAAAAGGAAUUAUUUUAGAGAAAUCUACAGACAAUGUCAAGUGGAUUUCUUGGUUUAACAUUUAAAUCUUUAUAUAACACCUUAUCAUGCCAAAAGGUGUUUGUGCUCCAGCAGCCUCAAUGUUGUCUGCACAGCUCUGAAAAUCAUCUUUGUUUAUGGCAAAGGGGAAAAAAGGCAGUUUGAAAUAUUGUGAUUUCGUAGGUCUCACAAAAGAGAGACUAUUUAAUAGUAUUUCUGUGUCAUGGAGUGAUAUAUUCAGACAAGAGGAGAUGUUUAGAAUCAGAAAGUUCUCUCUGUCAGCUAAACACAAUAUUUGAACAAUUCCAAUGUUAUGCUACAAAAUCUUGACAAUGUCCCUUUAAUGGGUUCAGAAUGCAAAGCCCAAUCCUGCAAACAGAUCUGUGUGUAGCGACCCAUGUCUCUCUCUUUGCAGGAUUGGGCCCUGAAUUGAGAUUUGCCUCUGUAUGCCUGUCGAUGUAAUUUAGAACUUUUAGCGUCAAUAAUUAUUGACAUGAGUUUAAUUUCUUAAUUACUCCUGGAUUUGGGAUGAACAACAAAGAGUGUUUAGCCAAUGGUGUUUGUGGAAUGUACAAGAGCAAUUAAAUACAACUAUUUUCUUGUAUUUGACUUGGUAGUGGAUUCACAGAGACUCUAAGCUUGCAGUGGAGUUGAAGGGGAGGAGGAGCUUUAGUAUGGUUUUGUACGUAAAAGUUAGUUUUCAUAUUAGAGUUAGGGAAAUGGUGAUACAUAUUUUAGCUCUUUGAAAUAAUUGUGGCUUUUAGCAAGUGAAUUUGUGCAUAACUUAUGCAUGUGCCAAAAUAUUAUAAUAUCUGGUUAACAUACAACUUAACAAAAAUGUCUCAUUACUGUAUAUAUCAACCCAGUCUCUUGACUUGCUGUGUAUUGUAACAGUAUCUUGUAAGCUUGACAGAUGAUGUGUAUUUUGGCAGGACAUGACUGUUUCCACAGUCUCCCUUUUAAACGGUCUUGCAAAGAA